AUGGCAGACGUCGACAUGCCCGACGUUGGUCCCCCAACCGACCACAUUGACACCUCUACCCCCGAAGAGACGCUCAAGUUACUCUACGAUCUUGACGCACUGACACAGAUUCCAGAAGGGGAGUUCACCAAGGACAUUCCCCCACCGCCGAUAGGAGAGUUUACCAAGCCAGCUAGUAAGUCUACACCGACGCAAGAUGGGCAGCCUGGACCUUCGUCGGUACCGGGCGGCUCAGGAAACCAGGUUGAUGAUGAGGAGGAGGAGGAGGAGGAGAGCGACGACGAAUACGACGAGCGUCCUCCGCGUAGCACGAAUCCGCGCACCUUGGAAGAACGCCUCCGGCGGGAACUUGAAUACAUAGAUGACAUGCUAGAACAGGACGAGGACGAGGACGAGCAGAACAUGGCGGUGCCACGCGAACAGUGGAGAGCAGCAGACUUCGUCGAGGACGACAUGGUUUACGCAAGCAUCGACGUGCUGGUCAUAUACGCCCUACGCCACCUGCAAACCUUGGAGAAGAAUAGCACGCUGAGGCUGUACACCUCGUUCAUCUACCAUUACAAGAGGUGGGCGGCGAAAAUGCUGACGCAAAUACGCGACAAGCUUCCCCAGGAGCACAGGCUUAGGCACGUCGACGAGAUCGGCCACUACAUCCGGGACAACAAGAAGAAGAAUUGGGACAAAGUGGCCGAGGUCCCCCGAGAGUACAUCUGGCUGCACGGCCCUAGGGUAACCGAAACCCGGCUGCGCGCCUAUGUGAAGUUCAUGAUACGCGAGUGUCAGCUCGAUGCCGAGUCGAUCGAGGAGGGGAACAAUGCCCCGCGAACCCAGCCGGUGCAAGGUACAACGGUGCACACGCUCCUCGGGCGCAUAAAGGCAUGCCAGAUGGCGGCGAGAGUGGAGGCGACGCUCUACCGGGAGAAGGAGCUGAGCAUCAUGCGGGAGAUAUCGGUGGUCAGAUCGGAGGUGCGGUUCAUGGUCCGCACCAAGAACGAGAGGGACGUCAAGAAUUGUGCCGACCGGCGUCGCGGCACCAUCGGCGAUACAUACACCGCCGAACAGUUCCGCCAGAUCAUGAUGAAGGUGCUGCCGACAUGGGCGGCGUCGGCGUGGAACCCGCGGGCAACCGCUCCUUCGCAGACGCUGUGGCGAUUUCUGCUCACCAAGGCGCUCACGCUACUCUCCCACCACACUCUCCUGCGAGGCGCCAGCAUCCGCGAGAUCACGCUCCCCGACAUCUUCUUGUACCGACUGGCUAGCACCUCGUCGAUAAACCCGGAGAACCAGCCGGUCGUCAUGAUCGGUCAGUUCAACGGCGUCGACUUCCUUCCGCCGCUUGACACCACCGAACGCGAGCGCUGGUACAAGAAGCACCUCUUCUUCGCCCGCAACGACAAGGAGCAAAAAGAGCUCUCCGCCUCCAGCCACCACCGUUGGACGCGGCAGUUGUGGACGACCAACAAGGUGUUCUGCAAGCGGAACGUGCACGCCGCUCGCGCCGGAGGUGCGCAGGAGCUAGCCAUUGAAGGGACGCCUCGCGCCGAGAUCGCCGAGCUGGGUCACUGGGCACUCGACAAGAUGACGCGUGCUUACAUCACAGCCAUUCCCGUUGGGGUGGUGAUGAAGAAGGCCGGAUACUCGGGUUGCAAGCAAGACUACUUCUUGGGUCGCAACAGGGUCGAGCCCUCCGACAAACUCUUGGACAUCAUCGCCGAGCACAUCUUCCCCGGCGUGGAUGCUCUGCUGCGCGAUGCGGAAACGCGAGCUGCCAACGAAGGGAGCGACGCCGACAAAGCCGCCGUGCACUUCUGGCGUACCCUCCAGAUGAUGCGCCGCAUCGUCGCCGAGGACCUCGCGGUGAAGCUCGUCCGCACCCCUUGGCACCCGUACGUCCAAGGUUCGAAGCUCUGCCGGAUUGCCCUCUUUCAGCACUGGGCGAAAAGGGUCGAGAAGAUCGACACCGAAAUGAUCAACAAACGCCGGGACCCAACCCUCAUUCAGGCAGAGGAAAUCUCCGUUCGCUUGGACACCGAAUACCAUAACAUGUCCCUCAAGGAGACGCUGAAGUACGAGAGGGAGCGCGCCGCGGUCGAGAAGAUCGACCUUCAGGAUGAACUCGAGAAGCGCGACGAUACCAUCGCGACGCUGACCGCCGAGAUAACCCGUCUCACCGAGGCACUCCGUGUGUCAGAAGCACGGAGGAUGCCGGAGACGCCGCCGUCGGGGAACGAGCAGACGCCGAGCGAGAGUGGCUCCGCGGAUUCGGCCAGUCCGGGGGCCAGAAACAAGAAACGGUACGAGAAACCCCCACAGACGCUCGACGAGGCUCGUUACGAGCUCAACGUGGUGCAACCUUGGCGGGAGUCAAAGACCGUGAGGGACGCUUGGCGCCUCUGGAACUCCGCCACCGCCGAUGACACCCGCCGUCUUUGCGAUAGGGUCGCCGAGCCGGGAUUCGUCGACCGCCACACCCUCCUCAAAGGCGUGACGCAGGGUGCACACGACAAGAAGGUGCGCCGCAUGCUGAAGGCCAUGGAUGCGGUGCGCCUUCUUCGCUCGAGCGACGGCGAUGCCGACACCGAAGCCGUCGUCGCUGCCCUGAACAAGAUCGCGGCGCCGAGCAUCGGGACCUUCUGCGAUGCCCUCACGGUGCUCAAACCGGGAACCGCACCGACGAAGUCCAAGGAGCCCGGCAUGGGCGUCAAGGGGCUGGGCCCCAAGUCGGUCUCGAAGCUACGUCUCGCCUGUGCGCUGGUGGCGGUCAACUUGAAGCCGACCGCUUGGGUCGCCGUCCUGUUUCCAGACACCUGGGAGGAGCAGAUGCCGAAGACCGUGGCGGACAUGGAGUGGCAGACCGCACCUGUGCUGCGUCCUCCGACGAAGCGCAAGAAGGCGGCAUGA